AUGACAAUUAUAAAUAGUUUACAAUCAUUCUUAAAUUUUAAAAAAACCAAUAAUAUAAAUUGUUCAUCAUCCCUUUAUAUAGAUUGUAAAAAUAAUAAUAUUGGUUAUAGUAAUAAUAAUAAUAAUAAUAAAAUAUAUGGAACAAAUUUUAUAGCUGGUUUCGAUAUAUGGAUAAUUGAUAAUGGUAAAACUUUUGAACCAAAUGCAGGACUUAAAUUGUAA